AUGCAAAAUGAAAACAUUCUGAUUGACCAGCUUGAAGACCAGCUAAUAGAUAAUCCAGAUCCCACGACAACAAAACAGUUGAGUGAAUCGUCUUUGGACGAAGCUUUUCAGAAGAAACCCAAUGGUAGAGCAAAUCAACUUUACGGGAAAUACAACCAAGGUGAGUCUGGGACUACUACCGAUGCCGGUUGCUAUCCUUUUUUGGUCGUAAAGCCCAUCUUGGAUUAUGCCUACUCUGAUAGUUUUCCAUUACGCCGAGAGAUUGCUGAAUGGUUUUCUCUGCCUGACUAUGAUCUCAUCAACUUGCACGGGCUUCCUCAAUCAUACCUGUUGCCUCUAAAGUUUGAUUCAAACAACAUUGAUCUAUGGUCAAGACUGACACAACUUGAUAAUGUGCUCUAUUUUGCGUUGGGUACAUUUGGCAAUACGAAUCGUAUUGAAGACCAGAUUGAAAAUAUAAUUUCUAAUUGUCGUGAGUUAGUUACAACACAUAUGCACAAACUGAUCAUUGAUUUAACUAAGCGAUAUCUCAAAGAAUUUUGUGCCUGCCUUUCCCUGGACUCUACGAAAACAGUUUCAAAAAUAUUCUGCUCCAAUUACUUCAAGACAUUGACCAUUCUCUAUUGCAUUGUUAUAACUUCCCUCCAUUCUGAGGUGCCUGAUGAAUUAAGACUCGACCUAGCAGAAAAGGAUCUCAUGUCCGACAUUUGUUUGACAAUCGAACUAUGGCAGGCUGAUCUCAAUCCCCAUAUUCGAAUGCGUUCAAUUCUUUUGCUAUUCUGGAAAUUGAUUUUGUUGGAGUUCGGUGACACAGCACAACUUAAAAACGUCGACCUUUACCUUUCAGAAAGACACUCCAUUAAGAACAAAGAAAGAAAACUGGCUGAUAAUGUGCAAUUGACUUGUUCGCCGUUAGAAUUUUUCACUUUCAAGGAAGACUUAAUAGACAAAUAUCCCAUUUGCGACACGAAACCAUAUAGUCACUCGCCUUUAGAAAAUGAAAAGGAGGACGUGCACCCCUCCACGAAAGCAUCGUCCGAAGAUUUAGCUGGCCGUCAGAAAGAAUUCAUGGCAUUUGACUCUUUCACCAAUUCAUUAUCUAAUCUUCUUGAGAUCCCUAGACCAAACAAAUCUCAUAGUGUAUUGGGCCAGUUGCCUACUCAAACCAUACAUAUUGCCACUCCUGUCCCGUCCCCGCCAAGUACUCCUUCAGAAUUCAUGUUUGGAGGAGAAAAGAUUCGAAAAAUGUAUCACGUUAAUCAGGGAAUGCCAUUCGUUUAUCCGACUGAUGGCAAAUCUAUGCCAGUAGCUAUAAAUGAGGCAACUGAUCUAAUCGAAGAUGCAUAUUACGAAAGUUAUUCAAAUAAAAGACUAUGGGAGGAACGUCAAAGGUACAUGUGCCAAGAACGAGGAAAUGUCAAUCAAUAUGAACUUUCGGUUGAUUCGGACAAUUUCGCCACCGAACAGCUGUCAUCAGCUGAAGCCAGGUCACUUGCGCGUGUAGAAUCAUUCUAUGGGCAAAACUUAUCGCGGCUUCAUAGUCUAGUGAAAUUACUAGUUGAUGUCAUCAAAAACAAUAAUUUUGACUUCAAUCUUAAAGAAGCAGAAACAGAACUUAAUCCAGAAACGUCCUUCUCCCUCAAAUUUGCAUCUUCUGGUUAUAAAAGAAAUGACAAGAUUCAAAGAGUGAUACUUGGCAAAUUAGAGACCUUGCGAGUUAAGGAAACGACACUCAAGGCGUCCUCGGCCAUUUUAAUUCUUUUGUUACGCUGGUUUAAAGUCAGCCAUGUUUUGAAAUCAUAUUAUUUUAGCUCUUUGUUGUUUGAUGCUCAAUAUCUUUCCGUCUUCAUGGAUUUCUUAGCGAACAGCUUUAACAAUCCAUCUUUACAGGAUUCGCUAGAAGGCGACAAGGAAACUUAUUCGUAUGAUACACUAAUUACCCAGAAUAAGUUAAUGAAUCCUGAUAUCCGGAUUCCCCAAUUUGAAUUUUUCAGUGUGUGUCAAAAUAUUGAUAUUCACCCAGACCCGAUAAUUUUAAUCAACAGAACCAAAGUAUGCGACCUUCCAUCGGUGGUCGACGAAAAUAAUCAAAGUCUUGUGCAUAUCAAGGAGUUUAAUGCCGACUUUUGUUUUAUCUUGCUGAAUCUAUUAAAUGUGACAAACAGAGUUUUGAUCAAAAAUAUAUCUCAACGAGUUUUUGUCUUUAACGAAACAAAACCAACUGACCUUUUGAAAAUCAUUCUUCUUAAUUUUGUCAACGACUCAUUAAAAAUACCCAUUUUGAAAAUAUUCAAAAAGCUUGCACCUUAUCAAGGUAGGAAAUGGAGAGCACUUAAUAUGGAUGUGGUUUCACAAGUUUAUCUUAACCUAAAGCUUUCAUUGAGAGACACUUGGCUUAGUGGAAGAGAUUUGGAGAAUGAUUUCAAUAACUCUUUUGAUCAAGAAAUCGCUCUCCGGUCGCUACUUCAGUUCUAUAAUACGCGUGUAUACCCUGGCCAAAUGAAGCCGUUAGGUUACACCGUCAACCAAGCUUCAUUCCCAUCGGCAGGUCAUGACAGUGGAUAG